GGCAGUGCUGUCGACCCCCGUUUGUGUUGGUUUUGGCAGCACUUGUGUUGAGCGAUAUUCGCCCCCAAAGUGUAUGCAUUGGUUGUGUUGUAGAGUGUAGUCAAUGAAGUGCUGUGAGUGUGAACUUCUGGAUAGUCGAGGAAAGGUUGGAAAGGAGGGCACCAGCGCUACCAACACUACCAACACUACCAGUGCUGACUCGUACCGCCAUUUUAACUGUGAUUGUGAUUAGCGCUGACUCGCCAUCGCUAACAAUAUCAUUGAUACAUAUGAUUAACCGCACCAUCAGGUUUGACUUAUAAUCAUCGACUAAAUCGACUGAUAUAAAGCCGACGAGAUUACACCAGAAUAUUAUCCAGAAUUGACAUUAAGUUAAUAAAAAACAAGUGAAUUGAUCCAAAUGGCAGACAAUGUUAUUGAUGUGAUUGAUUUGGAUGGAAAUGACGACUCAAUGGUUGAUAAUGACGAUUCAAUUGCCGACAACGAGGACUCAUUGGUCGAUAACGCAAAGGUUGUGACAAAUAGUACACUCAAAGAUGAGACAAACGGUUCAAUCAAUGAUAACGAUAUAAAUGAUGACAUAAAUCAAGAAAAUCAUGAGUCAAUUGCUGAUGAUUUGGAAGAUAAUGAAGAAAUAAUUGAAGAUGAAGACGAUAUAAUCAUCAGCGAUGAAGACAACAGUCAAAGCACUACAAAUUCAUUGACCAAAAAAUUUGCAAACAAUGACUUACGAAAUGAACAAUUGAAGAGUUUAGACGCCACACCUAACGAUUCAAUGGACAGUACAUCAAUGACAUCGUCCACUCAAAAGUCUGGCCAAAAGUUAGCCAACGAUAGUAUAGCUAAAACAUCAUCAAAUGAAUUGGACCAAAAUGCUGAUGAUAUUGAAGUGCUUUCAGUUAAUGAAUCAUCUGAUAAUAAAUCACAGCAAUUGUUGGAAAUGGCUCCAGAAAUUGGUGAUGAAGUGACCGGUUUUCCGGAUUAUUUAAAAAAAGUUGUCUCUAUUGGUAAAAGAAUUGCCAUCAACAAGAAGACGUGGAACAACAUAGAUGUAGACGUGAAUGACUCGAUUCUUGAUUGUCCCUCACAAGUAGUUCCUCUUAUGAUCCAAAAAUCAAACAAAUUUCCUGAAAAAUUGAAAGAACCUCAAAACGAAUCGCAAUCUACUUCUGAUAUCUCGUCAGCAACUGUCGGCCAGAACUCAAAAAAUAUGUUAACAAUUGCCGACUUCUAUACAAGUUCUGUGGGAAAACUAUUAGUAGGUCUUGGUUUAAGUAGAGCUAAGCAAUGGUAUCACAGGGAUGCCAUCAGCAAAGUUAAGAAACAGAUUAGACGUGAGGGAGAAAUAGAAGAACUCGUUGAAGAGUUGAAGGCACAGCAAGAGUAUUACACGGAGUGUCGGGCGGCCAACAGUUCAUAUGUUUUUUCAACCGAUAAGUGCGAACACUGCGACUUUAAAACCGAAUUCAAACUCGUAUUGCGAGGACAUAUGGCUUAUCCUCAUCUGACCUCUCGACGCGAAUAUAAGUGCAAUUACUGUGAGUACAUGAGCCGCGAUCCUAAACAAAUCGUUUUACAUACACAAGCACUUCAUGACUCCAAGUGUCUCAUUGAAAUCCCACCGCAACUCUAUGAGUGUCCAGUCUGUCCAUACGAGUCGGGUGUAAAAUCCAAAGCUGCCACACAUAUAACCAAAUGUUUGAAGUUUUUUAACGCAGAAAAGUUAUUAAAUCUAACGGAUGUUUAUGACUUCCCAACUAUAACACCGAAACCCAUAACACAAGAGGACAUUAAGAUAUAUGAAGCAACUUUACAAGCGUUACGAUUUGCAGCGUUGAAUCCACAAACAAAAGUACCGCAUAUUCCUGGCCUACCAUCUGGUCUUCAGCAACAAAUGCUUGCACUACAACAACAACAAUUGGGUGUCAGAUCUGGUCCGGGCAGACCUCCAAAACAAAUGAUCGGAAUGAACCAAAAAGGUCGACCAAUUCAACCAUUAAUGGGUAAUCCUUACGGAUCUAAGAAUAUAUCGCCACAAUUAUAUCAAAUGUUAUCAACAGUUGGAGGUCACACCCAACUGGUUCCCAUCCAGGGUAGGAAUAACUCGCAAAUGAUGAUGAAUAAGAUGCAAAUGGCUGGCGCUAACGUCAUGAAGAAUAAUAACGGCAAUAAACCAAAUAUAUUGUCUAAGAAUAAUAGUUCUUCAGGUAUGAGACCAAAUAAUGACGUGACCGGUAAAAGUGGUACAUUUGUCAUCUGUGAAAUUUGUGAUGGCUAUAUUAAAGAUCUGGAACAGCUUAGGACUCAUAUGCAGUGGAUUCAUAAGGUUAAAAUACAUCCAAAGAUGUUGGCCAGUCGGCCGCCCCUCAACUGUCAGAAAUGCCAGUGGAGGUUCUUCACUGAUCAGGGAUUAGAGCGACACUUAUUAGGUGCACACGGAUUGGUGACAUCAAACAUGCAGGAUAUGGUCAAUCAAAACCAAGACGGCGGCCGAUGUACUAUAUGUGGUCGGGUUUUUGCUAACAAAUUAGUCGCUCAUAUGAAUCAAAUGCAUAAAAUAAGUCUAAAACCGGCACAUCUAUCAUAUAAGUGUACCGUAUGUUCGGCGACAUUCAAUCUGUACAGACUAUUUGAAAAUCAUGUCUAUAUGGUUCACAGCGGUUCCGUCAAAAGAAACGCUGCUGAAGACGGCACUGCUGCCGGACAACCACCUAAAAAAAAGACUGCACUCGAGAUUACUACAAAUAAUGGCGACAAGAAAUCACCGGUCAAUCACUCAGUUGUAUCGGGAAAUAAAGUGGUUCUCUCCAGUAAUAUCAUCAAUAAUUCUCAAUAAUAAAAUAGCACUUCAUUAAUGUCAUGAUAUCCUUGAUUACAUUAUACACUUAUAUAUAAAAUAAAUUAGCAUAAAUUAUUUAUUAUUAU